AAUCCAUCCUUGUAAUUUUUCAUUAUGUUGGAAGCUGAGAAAAGGGAAGACGGGAAGAUCUACCGGAAUAUUCCCCGACCAAUCUCGAGAGAUCUGUUGCAGAGUUUCGUGUCCAAGAAAAACAAGAACAUGUCUGUUGAAGACGGAGAGGUAGAGAUUGAGCUAGAUUUAGGGCUUUCUCUCAACGGUAGGUUUGGUGUUGACCCACUAGCGAAGACCAGGCUGCUCACGCGUUCAUCUUCCAUUCCUGAUUUCGUGGUCAACGAUGGUAGAUCGGAGCUGCUGAGUAGGACUUGCUCGUUGCCUGUCGAGACGGAGGAGUGGAGGAAGAGGAAAGAUUUGCAGAGUUUGAGGAGGCUCGAGGCCAAGAGAAAGAGGUCUGAGAAGCAGAGAAACGUGAGAGUGCUUAGAGAGAAACAUAAAACAGGAGCUGGAGCUGGAGGAGGAGAAGAGAAGAUUGUUGAAGAAGGAUCGAUCGGAUCUUCUGGAAGUGGUUCCUCUGGCUUGUCAGAACUCGACAACACUCCUCCUCCUCCUCCUCCUCCUGUUCAAGCAACAACGAACAAGUCCAUAGAAACAAGCCCACCAAGUGCUGCUCCGGCGGCCAGAAACAUCAUAGACGACAUGCCGUCCGUGUCAACGACAGGAGAUGGACCGAACGGGAAGAAGGUCGAUGGGUUUCUGUGUCGGUAUAGGAAAGGCCAAGAGGUGAGGAUCGUGUGUGUGUGCCAUGGAAGCUUCCUAUCGCCGGCGGAAUUCAUUAAGCAUGCCGGUGGUAGCGACGUGACUCAUCCCUUAAAGCACAUCGUUGUAAAUCCAUCUCCCUUCUUGUGACCAUUAUGGUCUUUUGGGACAGUUUCUGUUUACUAAUUUGUUGUAUCCAUUCGGAACAGUGUUACAAAUUGUCAUAUCU